AUGGCCUCAGGCCUCGGGUCCCGGGGUGUGUCUCACCUCACCGAGGGUCACCCCGAGACUGGCCAGCGCCUCCUGCUCUGGACUAGUGCCCCCCUGCCCUUGCGGAAGUCCUGCGAAGCAGUGACGGCAAUCUGCCCCGGGCAGCUGGGACUACGGGACUGGUCGGAGGAGAGUCUGAUUUUCUUCAUCCAGGACAGCCUGCCACAGCACAAAUCCAUCCGGGCCGUGACCCAGACGAGGGGGCUCUCAGCCACGGCCCCUUGCCUCUACCAGCCUCGGGAUGGGCAGCCUCCCGCUCUGGGGGUGACGGUCUGCACCAGUGGACCCAGGCUCCAAAGAUGGAGGGCUGGUGGUGUUGUGGAGUGGGGGGGGCCUGCAUGGGAGCUGAACCUCCAGCUGUACCCUGGUGGGGAAAGGCUGGAAGAACCUGUCUGGACUUUAAAAAGCCGCAUCCCCCCCCCGCCCCCGCCUGGACCUCGGCUGCGGGUUUGGGGCCGGGCAGCGCCGGCCGCCAGCACGUGGACCGCCGUGCGUGGGCGCGUGGCGCGCGCGGGGACUCGUGUGCGCGGGGACGUGCGCGGCGGCCCUGCCCGAGCCCGGCUCUCCAGCGCGCAGGCUGGGGCCCCGGAGGGGACAGCCACGGAUUUCAAAAUAGAAGUCCUCGAGCGGCGCCGCGCGUCCGUCACCGGCCGCCGCCCUCCCGAGCGCCCGCGGGGCCCCUUCCCUGCCCGGGUGCCCGUCGCUCUCCGGACCCUCCUCGCCCCUCCCGCCCCGCGCGCCGCGGCCCCCGCUCCACGCCUGCUCGCCGCCGCGUUUCAGCAGACUCGCCGGGAUGGCACCGAGCCGACGCCGGCGACAAGAAACAGGGCGCGGGCGACAACGCGCGAACCAGCCGGGCCGCGCCCCAGCGCCCCCGACUCGCGCGCGCUGCCGGCGCCCCCCGCCCGGCACCGUCCCUGGGCCCUUGCCCUCGGGGACCGAGGCCUGGGAGGCCGGGAGCGGGCGGAGGGGACUUCGCUCCGGAGCCGCCGCGCGCCCCGGCUCGCUGGCCGCGGGGACGCCCGGGACCGAGCAGGAGGCGCGGGCUGGACGGAGGCCUCGGCGGGUCCCCGCUCGGGCUGGGCGCCCCGGACGCACCCCCACCCCCGCUGCGGGAGGCUCGGCGGCCGCGGGCUGCGGAUUUGGGGCGCGGGGGAGUGCACAACCUCCCCCGGUGCCCGGCGGGGCUUGGUGAUGUCGAAGCCGGGGCGGGUGGCGCGGAUCCGCCGAGGCCGCCCCGCCCGCAGGUCCGGCGGCGCCUUUUGUCCUGCCGGUGGCUGUAAUUGCACAUAAAACGCCGAUUCAAAUCGCGGCCUCCGCGCCGCGACCUUCUCCUUGUUUUGCUACCAACUAACAGGAUUAGCCAACAAGAGCGAGAUUUCAAAUUAACCAUAAAAAUUACAAAUUGCAAUUCAUUUAGCUGCCCAUUUGCUACAU